UGACGUUCUCCUCCAUCUGGAGAUUACAUCGAGCGACGAGAAGCAAAAGCCCAACGCCGGCGACAAAAGUGCAGACGUGAUGAAGCAAAGAAGGGGAAAGGAGGGAGGCGCCAAGCGAGCUGCAGGGCCCAGCGUGAAUGGGAAGGAACAACCGAGGCCGAGGCUGCCUCUCCAUCUACUCAUCCUGAAGCAUACGCAAGGCAUCGUCACGGCAGCGACGACGGUCGGGGUUCUUCACUAUCGCAACUUCCACUCCCUCUUCUUCGUGCUCGGGUCCUUGACGACAAGCUUCAGUGCGAAAGGCCUUAAGCUCGUCAUCAAGGAACCCCGACCACCAGGAUCAGUCGUCACAAAGACCCACGGGAUGCCUUCGACGCACAGCUCAACCAUCACGUUUAUGUCUUUAUACCUCGUUGGACUUCUCGUGGCGCCCUUGAGCCCGACCUCGGAUCUGCUCGCCUACAGAUCGCUCCUCGUUCCCCUCCUUCUCGCUUCGCCCCCUCUAAUCAUGUGGUCGCGUGUCAAGCUGGGCCUUCACACGCCAGAACAGUGCAUGGUUGGAGCUGCGCUGGGCUUCGUCAACACUUUGCUACUCUCUCUGCUCUGGAGAGGUAUCGGUAGUUGGGUGGGAUUGAGAGGAGACGUAGCUCCUCGGGUCGAUGAGGUGAUCCAACACCUCGAGGAUACCCUUCGUGGCAAACUCGAUCUGUAAAGUGCUUUUGAAUGCUUCGUCAAAUAGAUUGACUACUCCUAUAAGGGC